UAUACCGUCUGAUCGGUCUGAUAAGUUUGUACAAUUCCUAAUUUAUUUGCUGCUUUGCCGCUUUCACGGUCUAUCGGUAAGAUACAGUUCUAUUUAUUGGAGGGUUCUGCCUCAGCCACGAAAAGGGAUGGAAUAAAUCAGGGAAAAACAAGGACUCGCUCCACAAGUUACCGCAUUUGCCCAUCUGCCAAGAGAACUAUACACACUUGUCGCAUACCUAUGAUUGAUAGAUCUCGCGAUUGGAAUGCGAAUAAGCACAAUCCCGUCAACAAAUAUUGCAGGAUGCAAGCUUCUCAGCUCAAAAUCUACAACAGCAAACGCAUUGCGUAGUCCUGUUUGUGUCCUGAGCUGCUGGAAGUCGCUUAAAGAAAUGGAUACAGUGAUGCUGGCUAUCAUGGCUGAGGAGGAAGAAAAGGAUACUUUGCGAAGACAACGGGCUAAUUUACGGAAAAGGAACGACCUUUCAGAGAUGUGUGAUACUGAGUUCAUUAAAAACUUCAGACUCAAUAAAGAGGCCUUCCAAUAUAUUCUCGAUGAAAUCAAAGACGAUUUCCCUUCUCAAAAGCAAGGAGGUCUCAGUGUGGAGCGUAAACUUGCUGCAUGUCUUCGCUUCUUUGCUGAAGGCAGCUACCAACACGGAACAGGAAAAGAUUUUGAUAUCGCUGUAGCUCAAUCAACAUUUUCGAAAAUUCUGUCCGAAAUGCUGGUUGUUUUGGAAAGAAAGAUUUGUCCACGCUGGAUACAGCUUCAAAUGACUGACGAAGAAAUGCGUCAUGCGAAACGUUACUUCUACAACAAAUCUGCAAUUCCGGGAGUGGUAAUGUGUGUUGAUGGAACACAUGUUAAAAUUUUACCUCCGAAGGUGAAUCGCAAUCUUUUCUUCAAUCGCAAAGGAUUUUACAGUCUCAAUGUUCUGUUGGUAGGCAAAUUAUCUAUGCUUUGUUAACCCGUAAUUUACCAAUACGAACUUUUAAUUUUGAAAACCAUGUGUCUCGGAAGUUUUUAGAGGUUUUCGCUUACAAUUUCACUAAAAUCGAGGGGAAUAUUUUUACUUUUACGCACAUGCAAAACCUCGCCUCCCUACCCUCCCUCCUUUUUAUGGUUGAGAAAACUAGGUGCUAUUCAAUAUGACUCAAUCGUAUGAGAUUUGUGCAAAUAUUG